UAUUAAAUAAAUAAAAAAGUUAAAGAAAAAGCAACAUGGGAGACGGGUGUUGUACGGGGUUUGCCAGAUUUAUUCUUGUGGUUUUCAACAUAAUUUUUGUGCUUUCCGGAGGCGGCAUCCUUGGCACAGGAAUCUGGCUAAAAGUUGACCCCGACUCUGUGAAUAUACAGAAAUUAAUUUCAGUUGACAGUCAUGAUCAAGCAAUUUCCUCCACAGCCUAUGUCCUUAUCGGGUUUGGGAGUGUCGUUUUCUUAGUGGGGUUUCUAGGAUGUAUUGGGGGAUGUAAACAAUGGAAAUGGGCCCUUGGUUUGUAUAUCUUCUUCCUCGUUAUUAUUUUCAUUGGUGAGUUCUCUGGAGGAAUAAUGGCGGCGGUAUACAAAUCCAAGGUAACUGAUGAGCUCAGUAAAACGCUUAAGAAAUCCGUGGCACAGUACAAAAACAGUUCUCUAAUAAGACAGGCCUGGGAUGACGUACAGAAAACGAUUCAUUGCUGUGGAGUAGAUAGCUAUACAGAUUAUCGGAAUGUUGCACAUUUUAAUAUCACUGUGCCUGUUCCGGAUUCCUGCUGUCACAACAAUAUAAAGCUCUGUAGAACAGAGGCAAUGUUUAAUAAUGUUACAGGCUCUCAAAACUUGUACAAUGAGGGUUGUCUGAAUUCCUUGCAAGACCAGCUGAAGAGUAAUCUGUCAAUCAUUAUUGGAGUCGCCAUCGGGAUAGCAAUGAUUCAGCUUUUUGGAAUCAUCUUAGCCUGCAAGUCAUUUCGCUCUGCUGACGAGGACAAUAUUGCGUAGUAACAUACAAUAAAAACAUUGAAAAGGCCAUGUCGUCAUACAUCAAUGUUGUUUAUAUCAAAAAUAAACUUGUAAAAAUAUUUUUUGAUCAUCAUAUAAUGUGAUCACAUUCAAAUUGAAAAAAAAGUCAUUGUUCUUUUAGUUUUACAUUUUCUAGUUCAUAAAAUUUUGUAUUGUUUAUUAAUGUUUCAGGUUU